AUGACUCCUGCGGACCGUCUGGAAUAUCUUGAUCUGCAUGGUCAGACAAAACACUAUUUUGAGAUCAAGCUCACCGCUGAAUUCAUUUUCAAAAAGUGUCCUAACAUGUUCUGCUGGUUUCCCACUACCAAGACUACCGUCCUUGCAUCUGAGCCCAUCGAGUGCCAGACUGAGAAGACCAUGCUUGAGAAGAUCCACACAGACUUUUCCUGUUCAAUCGCGCAUCAAGUCUGUUGCCAUUGGUUCAACUGGGACCCUGUAGAGCUUCCUCCGAAGCUGCUUCAAAGGCUAGUUGCAUUACAACGGGAAGAGCUUGAAUCCAAGCGCUGA